GAAAUAAUGAGAAAUGCUUUAAAAUUACUUGAACAGUUUAAACCAAAAGUUAAAAUAUUGUCGUUUGGAUACGCUGUAAACCUCGGUAGCCUGGGCGAUAGAGGGAUGUAUACAUUCCAGCAUAGCUACUUCACAUUAAAGAUACUCCCACCAUCGAAAACCGAAAGUCUGGUACGAACGAAGCUCGAUUCACUGCCAUUUCCUCAUAAUGACUUUGGUCUCCGCUAUUGGCUCUAUUUGGAUGCGAUAGGCAGACAGGAUGGUUAUGGAUUUAAGAGAGUCAACGUUGCUGAACUCCCUUUGGUUGUUAUCACACCAAUUGCGUAUACCUCAAAAAAAGCAGUCAUACGCAACAGAUUGCGCAAAAGAAUACGUAAAUGCGUUACAUCAGUUAUCGAACAAUCUAUGGUGACCACCAGAGGUGGCGCCGACGAUCUUAUUCUCCGAGAUUGGACUUAUGUAUUUUAUCCUUCUAUUAUUCUCGAAAAAGGAGAUGUCCAUAGCAAUGACAUAGACAAGGCGAUGAUCGACAUACUCAAACAAGCUAGGAAAGUAGGUCUAGAUAAAACACUAUCAGUUUAUAACAAAAAUGAGGACUCCAAUCACGAAAAUUAAUUUACGCGUCCACACCUUCCAAAAACGGAAAGAUACGCUAAAAUUUUGAGACUAGUUUCGAUUUCGUCCUCGGCAGGUCUUAAUCAGGUUCAUUCACGUUCUAAUAAACCUAAAGCUAAAUUUCUGAGAGCUGGCAUCUCAAAGGAAAGGAGACAUACUCACUAAAUAUCAACAAAAGCUCUUACACAUUCUUUGACAUACGCCUGGUUGCGUUAUUAUAAUUUGCGAAAAAUGCCAGCAAUACACGUAGAUUGCCAACAUCCACUUGAUGCGCAAGUCAAAAAGUUCGGCUGGUUCGAACCAACAUUUAAACAAGAGUCGAUGUUUAGACAGUCUCCUUUUAAUUUAGCCGACGCCUGGAGCGACCCGAGCUUACCAACGAUGCCAAACUUGCUGAAACCUUUUGCAAAUAUUGCUCCACGUGGUAGUGAUCUGAAUGAAACUAAUUUAGAACCACCGGUGGAAUCUCAAGGACGGAUAAUACGCGCGAGAGAUUUCGAAGCAAACGAGCAUAAAGGUUUGGUCGUUAAAGGCAUGACAGUCCUGCCGAUAACAAUUGCCGUCUUCGUUUCCGCUGUCUUAUUAAUCAUUUGUGUCUCACUCUUCAAGUGUUACAGACGAAGAGUUAAAGCUAGACAACAAAUGAUGGAAUCUGAGGACGGCUCAUUAGCAAGCACUUCAACAUCUUCACUGAAGUCCUCAAAUAGCUCACUCAAGGAUAUGAAACCACUUCCUGCACCAGUGCUUGACAAAUACACGACUGCUCCUACAAAGAUAACGAACUUGCGUCAACUUCAACAGCAACAGCGGGAGUCACAGUUGAACAAGCCAAAAAUGAGACAGUGGACACCUGGAAACUCACCAAUUAUGCCUCCAGUCAAACCCUGGAUGACUGGCUUACCAGCGAAGAAUAAGAGAUCACCGAAGCAGAGCUCUCCAUAUCCUUACCUCAAAGAUUCAGAUUUGCCUGCUAUUCCACCAGAUGCUCUGACUUCACCUACUUCGGGCACCCCAAUUUCAUACUACAGUAGUCCAGUAAUUGGAAAGAAAGGCCGUAGUUCAAUGAGGCGUUAAAGAUCGUAUUGAUCGUUACAAUCG